AUGGACGGAUAUCCGCUGGGAAGUCUCGACCACAAUGUACCGCUGCUCAUUUUCUCGGGUCUGACAUCGACAUCCUCCGAGAUCGAGCUCGACGCGAACCGAGGAGGGGAAGUGGCCCUCCUUCGCUCCGAUCUGCCCCCUCUGAACAGCAAAGAGGCAGAGCUCCUGGCGCAGCAUUUUGAGAAUGUAGACAAUGAAGGACAAUCAUGGAGAGCUGUUUCGCGAGAAGAGCCAUACCGGCUCCGUGUCAAGACCGUGGGACGCACCUACGCUCUGCCACCAAAGCGCGCCUCCCUUCCAAAAGAUGCCGAACCGACGAGACCGAACCCGAUACUACGCUCGCCAUUCUCACCUCUCAGCCCGUCGUCGACCUUGUAUCCGGAUGGGUUAAUGAAUGCACAGUGGAUACAAAAGCACCAGGAAGUAGUGCCGAGUGUCUUUGCCUGCUGUUACUGCCUAACAAACGAUCCGGCUUCUGCGACACUAGAAGAUAAUCGAAUCAAGACGGAUAUAAACAAGAUCAAAGCGGCACUGACAGAAAUUGGUCAUAAGACGCGACUGGCUGUCAUUUUUGUGCAGCGUGAAGGGGACGGCAGCUCGCCGUCCAUCACCGAUCAAAUCUCGGAGCGACUGGAAACUAUUCGGAAGGGCACAGCCAUGGACCCAAAAGCCAUCUUUUAUAUACACCCGCAAGAUUCGCCGACGGACCUGAAGCAGGUUGCUGACAGCAUCCUGGCUAGUCUUUACGGGACCGCUAUUGAAUACUAUAGAGACCUCGGUCGCCAUGCGCGGAAGAAGCGAUCCCGCGGCAUCGUACCACAGCCAACAGUUCCGCCGACAUCCGGCACAUCCCAAACUCUCUCCAUGCCUGACUGGAAUUUCCGAUACGAUUUCAAAACCGCCAUCUUUUCGGAAUUCAGGCAAGAGUUUGACCCUGCUAUCCGAUCAUUCGAGCAGUCAUAUGAGAUCCUUCUAGGCCAGGAUGUCAUGGACACGAUACCAAGUUGGAGUCCUCGCUGGAACGAGGCACGAUUGCUUGCCGAUAUUAUCUCAAUACGCUGCCUGCGCCUGCAUCUCUGGAUGAACCAGCCGAGUCUGGCCGUGCGCCGCUGGCAGGCACAUCGGGAUCGCAUUGGUGACUUGGUCGAUCGCAGAGGAAAAGGAACGAACAACUACGGCUGGCAGGCUUGGGAAGCGCGCUGGGCUCUAGCCAUGGCUCAGCUCACAGAAAGGGUGGAGCUGCCAGGCCUUGCGCCCUCAAGUAUGAACCUCUAUCUGCAGCCCGAAAAAGCUGUUCUUGGCGAGCGGCUACAUCCUUGGGAGCUUCUGCACCACACGGGCUACUGGUAUCGCAUCGCCGCCCGCCACAUUAGCGCACGUCGAACUCUUGCGCUCAUGAUACCAGAGGAGGAUCGUGCGCCUCCGGACGAGUCAAAGACAAAAGACUCGCAGCAUUACGACACAUACCUAUGCCCGCCACCUUAUAAGGAGAACCCUAUACAAGGGGAUGGGGUAAACCAUGCGCAGUUGAUGAUUGACUGUUUAAUAGCGGCUCGCACUCAAUUUCAAGGGCGAAAACAGCUGCGCUUAGCUGCCGAACUGUCUCUUGAGUGCGCCCGCGAAAUGGCAAAGCUAGAAGAUUGGCAAGAUGUACUGGCAAUGUUGCGACCUCUCUGGGAAGACUUGUCGUUUCGUAGUGAAAACUGGGUGGAUAUUUCAGAAGAACUGUGCUGGCUCAUGCGUCAGGCUGCCGUUGCUUCUGGUCGCGGCGAGCUUGUGGUCGCCAUCGACUGGGAACUUAUCAACAAAAAGUUCACAAAACGUCCUCACUGGCAUUACGACCUCAGCAAAUGCCUUGAUGGCAUGAAACUAGAAGUAAAGCCUUCCGUAGAUGUUUCUGACGGAUCGGCAACUGGCUUUAUUUCGACUUCGUUUGUAUUUCGGAACAAGGAGAGUAGGGCAGGGGACUUUUGCCAAGCUCAACUGUCUCUAGCGUCCAAUGCCAUGCCUGGCUCCGCGCCUGUUACGCUGUCGAAUGUACGAGUCGAGUUCGAGGGCAGCUUGAAACCGAUAACGUUGGAGCAUGCGCCGUCAGACGAGAAAGGCGCGGGUUGCCCAGUAUCGAUUCGCCUGGUGACAUUGGACGAAGAAUUCCUCGACGACUCCAACGACGAUUUACCGACAAAGCUGAACGGCAGCUGCGACUUGACCCUGCAAGCGGGACAGCGCGUCGUCAUUGAGAUGGCGAUUCCGCUGAGAGAGGCGGGCGACGUUGAGCCGUCGACAGUCACGCUCAACAUGAACACCAAAACAUUCGACUUGACCUCGAACUUGCCAUUUCGAGACACGGAUGCAGCUGUCGGAUGGUUCAUCCCUGGCUCGAGCAAGCCCCGCAAGGUCCGAGCCGAUUCCAGAAUGUUGACUAUUCAACCGCGGCCACCAAAGCUGGAUAUCAAAAUUGCUCGACAGUUGCAGCAAUACUAUGCAAACGAGCCAAUCGCAUUGAAUGUUGUGCUAGAAAACAACGAGGACGAGGCGGCCACGACGAAGCUAGACAUUCACGUGCUUGGGAAAUUGAUACCAAAACUUCACGUUGGAGCGGGUGGCAAAGAUUAUGCCACCGAGACCCGAGUCGAAGAAGAGGCUGAGCUUACUGGUAUCAACCUGGGCAAGAUCGAAAGUUCAGCAUCACAAGAGAUUGUCCUCGGAAUCGAACCGAUCGAUGGCCCCAUGACAUAUGAGCUACAAUUAAGAGCAACUUACCAUUUGGAGACGGAUUCCGCUACGCCUAUCAUACAAGUGUCCACAGUACAACUAAACUUGGUGAACGCGUUUGAAGCAAAUUACGAUCUUGUGCCGAGACUGCACCCUGAUCCAUGGCCCAGCCUCUUCGACCCAGAAGGCUUAGACGAUAUUCAUGAGGAGGACGGGAAGCAGCGGAGGCCUAUCGGGCUCAUUCAGCGAUGGUGUCUCUUGUCGCAUUACGCCUCGUUUGCACAAGAGGAUGUUCGGGUCCUGGAUACGGAGGUAGAGGUGACGGAAACCGUUGGCAGCGCACGAUCUGUUGUGCGCAAGAUGACAGAGAUUACAGAGCCCGAUGGUCUUUUGGUCGAACCAAAGACGAUGCAUGAAGCGCAGUUUGAAAUUGAGGCGCAGAAAAUGCAACUGGAAGACCGAAGCCCUGUUUCAAUUGAUCUGGCGUUCAAAAUCAAGUGGCGGCGAGCGGACGCGGCGCCCGAAAGUCCAGCAAAUACGACGACGCUGCCUGUCGGUCGCUACCUAGUACUAGGAUCAGAGCCGCGCGUGCUGGCCACCACUUUCCACGGAGAGCCCGACGAGACGAGCACGAUACAGCUCGAUAUUUCGAUUGAGAACCCGUCGAACCAUUUGCUCACGUUUGGGCUGACGAUGGACCCGAGCGACGAAUUUGCCUUUUCCGGGGCCAAGCAGACGACGCUGCACAUGCUGCCCAUGUCGCGGCGCACGGCCACGUACCGACUCUUGCCGUACCAGAGGGGCUGCUACAUCCGGCCCGGCCUGGUGGUGCGAGACAAGUACUUUCAAAAGGUGCUCCGGAUUAUACCCACAGAAGGCAUGAAGAUUGACAAAGACGGACUUUUGGUGUGGGUUCCGGGGCUGGAGGAGGGGGAGGAGGGUGAGGUCGGUGAGGAGGCGGCGCAGCUGUAG